GGUCAAAGACGUCAUGGCGGAGCUGGACAUAGGAAAGCACUGCAGCGUUCGCGAAUGUAACUUAAAAGAUUUUCUGCCGUUUGUCUGUGAUGGCUGUUCCGGAGUCUACUGUCUUGAGCACAGAAGCAGAGACUCCCAUUGCUGUUCCCAGAUAAGUGUUAAAAAGCAGUGUGUUAAGUCGGAACAAAGCACGUCGUAUCCCUGCAAUUACCAUGGAUGUUGUGGAAAAGAGCCCUUGCCCGUAGUCUGUCAGCACUGUGAGAAACACUUCUGUCUAGCCCACCGGCAUCAAGAAGAUCAUGAUUGUGAAAAGCUGCAAAUUCCUAAGCCACGUAUGGCUGCAACUCAACAGCUUGUGAAAGAAAUUUUAGAAUCAAAGAAAUCUGCCAUUCCUGGCAAAAAGAGAAAAGGAGCCAAAAACAGUGAAACAGCUGCCAAGGUUGCACUAAUGAAGCUCAAAUUGCAUGCGGUGGGAGACAAAGCCUUGCCACAGACAGAAAGAAUCUAUUUUCAGGUGUACUUACCUAAAGGAAGCCCUGAGAAGAGUAAGCCAAUGUUCUUUUCUUCGCGGUGGAGUGUUGGUAGAGUGGUGGACUACGCUGCAUCUUUGGCCGGGCUUCGAAAUAACAACAACAUUCUCACAGCAAAGAAACUGAGGCUGUGCCACCCACUUUCUGGAGAGGCACUGCCAAUGGACCAGACCUUGGAAUCCUGGAUCUCGCACACAGAGUGCCCUCUCUACACUGGAGGCAAUAUCAUUUUUGAAUAUUUGAACAAUGACAUCAAAGGACUUGAAGAUGCAGAUUCAUAUUUUAUUGAACCUUAAUAAAAAAAAAAUUAAACCAUCAA